AAGGGUUAUUUUGCGUCGCCUGACACGUGUGUUCUUCUUCCCCAAAAGCUAUCUAAAAGCUACAGUAUUCGUCUCCAAGUAAAGCGAGCCGGGAGAAGAAGGGAAGAAGAUGAAGGUGAAGGAGAUAGCUCGAACUGCGAACGUUGCCUGGUCUCCUGCGACCAUGCAAGACGUACACAUCGCCUGUGGAACCGUCGCGCAGCAACUGGACGCCACAUUCAGUACAAGCGCAAGGCUGGAAGUGUUUUCGCUGGAUUUGGCGUCGUCUGGACUUGCCGUGCCACUGGCUGGAACUGUUGACUCACCUCUGAGGUUUCACAAGCUGGCCUGGUCGGCCCAUGGUCAGGAAAGGGUUAACGCGUGUGGGGUCAUAGCAGGUGGAUCUGACAAUGGAACUAUCACCCUCUGGGCCGCCGACAAAUCAUCAGUGAAUACAGAAGGGGCCCAGUUGAAACAAAUGAUUCCACCAUACCGUCCGGUCCGACCAUCGACUUUAAAAAAAACAAACCCUUUCCAUCCACCCAUCUCCUCGCCUCCGGAGGCCCCGACUCCGAAAUAUUCAUCUGGGACUUGAACAUCCCGACAGCCCCAUGUCGCCCUGCAACAAGCUCCACCCACUGGAAACAUUAGUGGCGUAGCCUGGAACAGACAGGUAUCACCAUAAUUGCGUCCACUUCCUCCCAGCGGAAAAUCGUCCCUUAUGGGACUUGAGAAAAAACGAGCCAAUCAUUCAUGUUGCAGAUCCGAAUGCCAGGUCCACGCAAUGCCAUUAGCUGCCAUCCAGCACGUUGCUAACCAGUGGUUACUGCUUUGGGAACGAUCGCAGUGCCCUGUCGUCCAGGU